CGCUGCAUGACGCGGCUCUGCACGGCCGUGCCGCCGUGGUGGAGCAGCUGAUCUCUGCGGGGGCCAAGGUGGACGCGGCCAACAACGACGGCGAGACGCCGCUGCAUUUUGCGGCUCAGAAAGGCCACGCCGCCGUGGUCGAGCAGCUGAUCUCUGCAGGGGCCACGGUGGACGCGGCCAACAACGGCGGCCAAACGCCUUACGACUGGGCUGAGAUCAAUGGCCGCCGCCAGGUGAUGGGCCUCCUGCGCCCAGUCUUUGUGGCUCUGCUGAGUGGCCGAAGCUGCCGUUGCGAUUCAUCACAGGAGCGAACUGUGUUGGAGUUGAAGGAAGAGGCUGAGAAAAAGCUCGGCGUCAAGGUUAAACAUCUCAUUGGACAAAACCACGAGCCAUUGGAUGAAAGCAUGAAGCUUGCUGCAGCGCAGAUUGUGCCGGGCAACACAUUGACCGCCGUGAUUUCAGAAGAUGCUCUCGAAGAAGGACAUCCUGAAGCACAGGCUCCUGCCCAACCUGCAGACCCCUCCAUGUCUGAGGAUGGCGUCGAAAUCAAGGAUUUCCCGCACGGCAUUCGCCUGAUGGCGCAGCAGGCCAUUUUCGAGGGCUUCGAUCCACAAAUCGAGGUUCUCGAGAACUGGAGCGACUUGAAGGAAGUCUCAGCUCUGGAAGAGGCGCUGCCUGCCGGCCACGUGCCGCUGGCUCGACUCCUCCGGCUCACUCCGGAAGAUCGAACCUUCCCUGCGCCCGUGAAGGUCCAAGUCCCAACGUGUGCUGGCGCCGAAACUUUGUGGAGGUCAUCCACAACUGGAUGGGAGCAAGUAGAAACUGCUACUUUUGAGGAGACCAGAGCAACGGUGACGGUGGACCACUUUUGUGAGUUUGUUGUCACUGGAAAGCCUCAUCCACUCAAAGGCCUCGGUUUCUUGCACGUGCAGGGUGAGAAUGCGCAGGUGAUCAUAAUGCACACUGGCUGCGAAUCCUGCGAAAGAAACUUAGCGGUGCUUUGCUCGGACCCAGAUAGCCUGCAACCUCUGCGAAGAUGUUCUCCCAACCUUCAGCUGGGAACCUUUCGCAAUGAUGAAGCCCUCGAAAUCAAGCAGCCUGGCCGAACAUCAAAAAUGAAAAUCCGGUUCCACCGGAUGCCACUGAUGUCACCCGAGCUGGACGCCCAGUCGCGGCAACACUUUAAUGUGGAGAUCGAGGACCAGAACCACUGCUUUAAGAUCCGGCCAGAAGAGGCAACAGCGGCAACAGCGGCAACUGCAGAGCCUGGACUUGAGCCGCAUUCAGCUGGAUCUGCAGAGGCAUCGUCAGCUGCCAUGACUGGUAACAUGGAAUCAGCAGCAGCACCGGCCGCACCCACCGGACCAGCACCACGGAGACCCUGCAGACAAAGGGCCAACUUCAAGGCCGUUGGCACGUACACGCGGCCCGUCUCGGUGGCAUCGACAGAUCGAGGGCAUUUAAUGCUCAGCGGACGCUUCAACAGUGAUGCGAUUGUCGCGUACAUGAAGGAAGUGAAGAGUCAGCUGGAGACCAGAAGUGUCCCAGUGUUCAUGGUCGAUGCGUCAACUGGCCAAGAUUUUGGCCACAUGACAUGCAAAGGAUUGUACCGUGCCAAAGGCAUGGUAGCUUUCUGCACCUCUGAGUACGGUGCGUAUACUCGUGCGGGCUAUGAAACGUUCUAUGAACUCGAGUUCGCUCACCAGAAUCAGUUGCCGUUGUUUCCCAUCAAGCUCUGUGACCAGUGGCCACCAGCACCACAGAACAACGAACGAGGCACUUGCCAAAAUAAAUUUGUGUUCAAGAAAAGCCUCGUCUUCGCAGAAGAUCUGCAGAUGACCAACGCCAAAGGUGUUGCUGAUAAGAUUGCUGAAUCUGUCGCGCGCUUGGGGAUCUUCCGAAAUUAGAGGCAGCUGAAAAGA